AUGGGGGCUAUUGAGGACAACAUCAAGCAGCAGAUUCUUGAAGUGACUGGUUUUAGAGAAGGGGCCCUACCCUUCAGGACUUUUAUUUGGACUGAAGGCUUGACUCCUAGCAGAAAAAGUCUGGUGGCUUGGAAAACUUUAUGCAAGCCUCGGGCUAAAGGUGGGUACAAUCUGACUGACUUGAACAGGUGGAACACUGUUACUAUGCUUAAACUCCUGUGGGAUCUUAGGAAGAAAAUUGACUGUUUGUGGGUUACGUGGAUGCACAGUUAUUUCAUCAAAGGGAAAGACCUAAUGCAAAUGAAUGGGCCUAGCACUCCGUCUUGGAUUAGCAAGGGAAUACUGAAAGCUAGACAUGACACCAUGGAGAUUCAAGCUAGAUGGGAUAAAAGCUUGUUAGAUAAAAAAUUCACUAUGGGAGAGAUUUAUAGAGGUUUGCUGCACUUGGAGCCAAAUGUAGAUUGGCACAUUCUCUUGGACAGAAAUAUAGCCAGACCUCAGGCUGUUUUCUGUUUGUGGAUAGCAUGUCACCAAAGGCUUGCUAUGAAAGUGCGAUUGAGGAAAUUUGGUGUUGCUUUGGAUGUUAAUUGUUAUUUCUGCUCGGAUGAGGAAUCAAUCGAGCACAUGUUCUUUGACUGUAAAUCUAUUCAGUAUAUUUGGAAAAGCAUUCUGCAGUGGCUUCGGAUUGAGAGGACUCCUCAACAAUGGCAUAUUGAGAAAGCUUGGAUUACAAGGUAUUGUAGUGGCAAAGGCAAGAAGUGUGGCAUUAUGAAGUUGGCUCUUGCUGAGACUAUCUACUUUUGCUGGAAGUAUAGGAAUGAUACUUGUUUUGGACAAAGUUAUGAUAGUAAUACAUUUGUAAAUAGCAUCAAAGAUAUCAUCAUACAUGAGGGGUGGUAUACUAGAAAAUAUAGGGAUUAUAUAGCUCAACUUUUGUUGUAG